AUGGGCGGCGGACGACGUCGAGCCCGUAUUGCCGUUGAGACCCUCGAAAGCCGUUACAACGAGGUACUGGCUACCAAGGAAACGCUUGAACAAAAGGCUCAGGCAAGCAUGCGAUUGAUGGAGGACUUUCUCUCCCAGCUAGAAGCGCGUGUUCACAGCGUUCGAGACCGUGGCUUAUACGGCGCCAUCGAUGAAGGACUCCGGGCAGUCGACUCCAGCAUAACCCAUGCCCGAGUUAUGCUUGACGAAGGAAUCGAACGUGCAGUCCAUGCGAAAAUUGCUCUCCGUGAAAGUAUCGAUAGAGCCAUCGCACUCGCAAAGGAGAAGCGCCUUAUCCACUACUCGGACCUCCCCCAGCCAUGGAGAGUUAACCCUCACAUCCGAAAGGGGUACCGGUUCACAGCAUCAAAGAUAGAAUGUCUCACUUCUGUCUUCUCCUUUUCCAAUGAACUGGUCAACAUCUGGUCUCACCUCAUCGGCCUAAUAAUCGUUCUCGCUGUGGCCUUUUACUUCUACCCGCUGAGCCCCAACUUCCACCUUAGCACCAAGACAGAUGUCACCAUUGCAUUCAUCUUCUUCAUUGCUGCCUGCAAAUGCCUCGUCUGCAGCACACUAUGGCAUACUAUGAACAGCAUAGCUAAUCAGCCCCUCAUGGAACGCUUUGCCUGUGUUGACUACACCGGUAUUUCCUUGCUCGUCGCUGCCUCCAUUGUCACCACAGAGUACACUGCAUUCUACUGCGAACCAUACUCUCGGUGGAUCUAUAUUCUUAUGACCUCCACGUUGGGUAUCGCUGGCGUUAUCCUUCCUUGGCAUCCUCGUUUCAAUGGCCCUCACAUGGCUUGGGCUCGCGUAGCAUUCUAUGUCACCCUUGCCCUCACCGGCUUUGCGCCAAUUGUCCAGCUUAGCCUAACUCGCGGUUUGCAAUGGUCUCUUUAUUUCUACGCCCCCGUGGUAAAGAGUAUACUUGUAUACUUCUGCGGAGCUUGCAUUUACGCCUCACAGAUUCCGGAACGUUGGCACCCCGGAUUUUUUGAUUACGUUGGCGGCAGCCAUAAUAUCUGGCACGUCGCAGUUUUGGGAGGCAUACUAUUUCACUAUCUUGCUAUGCAGGAUCUAUUUGCUGGAGCAUUUCUGCGGGCAAAGGGCGAAUGCCCUUGUCUUACUUCUUAG